AUGGGUAAAGGCACAAAGCGUUCUGCUAAGGCCGUUAAAGCACAAGAUUCCAAAAAACCCAAGCUUCUGCCUCAGCCGCUUCCUGAGAGCGAUGAGAGUGCCUCAGAGAACGAGGCCACCUUCUAUCAGUCAGCUGAGGAAGGUGAGGACGACUCCAGUGAUAUCUCCAGCUCAGAGGCUGACCUGGAAGCUGAUGAGGACAUGAAAGAAGAGGAAGACGAAUUGGACGAGUUGGACGAGUUGGAUGAACUUGAUGAGCUCGACGAGGAGAAGAAGGAUGUUGAAGAUGAUGAGGACGAUGAGGACGAAGAGAAGGCCGCUGAUCCAAACAAGAAGACAUCUGCCGAGCAGCACGCUGAGCAGAGAAAGUUGCUUGCCGAGAGAAAGCUCAAGAGAAAGUCCGGAACAGAGGUGGAGCGCAUUAAGGCCUUGUGGGAGAAGUUGCGUGUGAAGAAGCCUACUCCUCCAAAGCAAGUGAGAGACAAGUUGUGUGAUGAGAUCUGGGAAUUGGCCCACGAUGUCAUCUACGACUUGGUCAUGAAGCACGACGCUUCCCGUGUCAUUCAGACCUUGGUCAAGUACUCAUCUAAGGACAGAAGAGACAAGAUCGUCAAGGCUCUUCAGGGCCACUACUAUCAUUUGGCUACUUCCUCUUACGGUAAGUACCUUUUGGUGAAGCUUUUGCAUUACGGCUCUAAGGAGUCGAGAGGUCUCAUUGUGAACGAGCUUCACGGUAAGUUGCGUAAGCUCAUGAGACACAAGGAGGGUGCUUACGUCGUGGAGGACUUGUUCGUUCUCUACUCUACUGCUGAGCAGAAGCAGCAGAUUAUUCGUGAGUUCUGGGGAGCUGAAUAUGCUGUUUUCAAGGACUCUGGUAAAGGCAAGACUGUCUUGGACGUUGUGAACGAAUCUUCUGAGAAAAAACAGUUGAUUUCCACCAACUUGAGCGGUACUAUUGCUGCUUCUGUUGAAAAGGGCUCCACUGGUUUCCAGAUUUUGCACGCUGCCAUGAAAGAGUACGUCUCGAUUUUGGUUGCAGACCCAGAGAAGAAUGAUUCUCAAAUCAGAGACUUCAUCGAGUUGCUCGCCGAGCAGUUUGCUGAGUUGGUUCACACACAAGAAGGUGCUGAGGUUGCCUCUCUGCUUCUUGCUCUUGCUAAUGCUAAGGAGAGAAAAGUUAUCAUCAGAUCGCUCAAAAACCACGCCAAGGAGUUGAUCAAAAACGAGCACGGUAACACCGUCUUGAUCACCUUGUUCAUGACCGUUGAUGAUACCGUUUUGCUUCACAAGUCGUUCAGUGCUGAGCUCUUUGUCCCUGAGCUUUUGCCUGAACUCAUUCAAGAAAAGUUUUCCAGAAGGCCUUUGCUUUAUUUGCUCAAGGGCUUGGACGGAAAGUACUUUGCUCCAAAGGUCAAGGAGGAACUCUUAAAAUACGAAAAACUUGCAUACGCUAAAACUACGAAGAAGCCUCAGGACCAGAGGAGAGCCGAGUUGUUGCUGAAGGCUUUGCCCUUGGUCUACAAGGCCUUGUCUUCGACAUUGUCGCCUGACGCAGAGCCUACUUUCACUAAGCUCUUGUCAAACAAUAUGGCUGCGCAAUUCAUCACUGAGCUUCUUCUUACUCCAUCUGAUGAAGAAGCCAUCAACACUUCAAGAGCUGAGCUCGUGGAUGCCAUUUUCGACAUUACUUUCAAGACUGACAUCUUGGAGGACCACCAUUUGCUUAACAAGACUCCUUUCUUUUCCAGAUCUCUCAAGGCCUUGAUCCAUGGUGACGAGUUCAAGUUUGACAACGAAAGCAAGAAGCUUGUCGCUGUUUCUGAUUCCAAACUUCCCGUCCUCGGUUCUGAGUUUGCUGCUAGAUGCGCAAAGGAGAUCUUGAAGGAUGACAUCUUGAGCAAGUGGGUUUCUGGCCAGGGUGCUUUUGUCGUUCUCGCUAUUUAUGAGGCCUUGUCUCUCAAGGACGACAAGGAGGCCAAGAACCUCAGCAAGGCAUUGAAAAAGUUGAAGGGUGACUUGAAGAAGGACAAGGACAACAAAGGUGCUCAGUUGUUGCUCAAGCUCUUGUAA